AAUCUCCAUCCCUUUCUUUAUUUUCUCUAACAUGAAGGAAUAUCAGGAGGUGUGGCUGGACCUGGAGUCAGUGCUGCUGGCGGACGACCUCCACGACUACCCCCCCACCAUCCCCGCCCCGCCACAUCCCCCGCCCCAGCCACAGCCACAGCCCCACCACCAGCCUCCCGCAGCCCCACACGCCUUCUUCCAGGAGGGUGGGGCGGGAGAUCCCCUUACUGUCCUGGGGGGGGAGGCGGAUCCCCAUCACCACCUCCUGCCUCCCCCCGCACCCCCGCCCCACCCACACCCACUGCCACCCGAGGCUGCCCCGGCCUGCCCUAUGCCCGGCCUGCCGCCCCCCGCCCCGCUGCCGCCCACGCCCCCGCACCACGACCCGCUGUACGCCCCCCAGUCCCACCACUACGACCCCCCACCAUGCAGGCUGGCGGCGCGGGGCGGUGUGAAGCGCGGCUACCCUGAGGGCUCGGCGCCCCCCGCGAAGGCUGCGUGCGUGGCGGGAUACAGGAGAGGGGACGUCUACCCCGCCCCAGGCCCCGCCCCGCCGCCACCCUUGCAGUACAUGGGCGCCCCGCAAGCCGGCGCCUACCAGCACCAACACCACCUCCACCCCCCGCACCACUACCCCCUGCCGCCCACGCCGCCACAGUACCCGGGGGCGCCGCACCCACACCCGCCCCAGCAGGACUAUUCCUCAGCCUGGCCACCCCCCGCCCCCCACUAUCAGCACUACGCCGCCUCUGUGGAGGCAGGGACGCAGGGCGCGGCGGGCGGCAGCCAGGCAGUGCUGUGCGGGGCGCCGCUCCCCGUGGCGGGCGGCAGCGGCGCCAGUGGUGGGGGUGUUGGUGUUGGUGUUGGUGUUGGUGGCGGCACUGGCGGCGCGGCGGGGCCCGCCAGGCCGCGACGGCGUCGCAGUCGGCGCAAGCUGGUGGUGCACAGCUGCCCCUUCGAGGCCUGCCUCAAGACAUACAUUAAGUCGUCCCACCUGAAGGCGCACCUGCGCACGCACACCGGGGAGAAGCCGUACACGUGCCGGUGGCGCGGGUGUGGGUGGCGGUUCGCGCGCUCCGACGAGCUGACGCGCCACUACCGCAAGCACACCGGCGACCGCCCCUUCCAGUGCAGGCUGUGCGAGCGUGCCUUCUCCCGCUCAGACCACCUCAGCCUGCACAUGAAGCGCCACUCAGCGGCGGCGGCGGCGGCAGCGCCACCAGCGGCGCCGCCAGGACAGCCUGCCCUGCCCUAGCACCUGCACCACCACCAACACCACCCACAUCACCGCCGCCAGCCGUCUAGUGCAGGGUGUGCCAGGGGGGAGGGAGGGAAGGAAGGAAGGAGGGCGUCGGGAGACAGGAAGAAAGCAAGACAAUGAAGGAUGUCAUUACAGAGUGACACGAGGAGCAAGUAGAGAAGGAGAAGCAGGAAGUCGAUGGAGGAGGAGGAAGAAGAAAAGGAGAAGGAAGAGGAGGCGGAGGAGGGAGAAAAAUAAAAAAAAUCAAAACUAUAUAUAGAAAAUAAGUGAA